UCCAUUCUGGUGAUUGUGCGUGGAGCCUCGCUUUAGUAAAGCAGUCACGUGGGUUACCCGAAGGCCUUCGGGAAUUUCCGGAAGGUAAGGGGCGUGCCUCCGAGAGGUGGCCUUCUGCAGCCAUCCCAGCAGCCUUAGGUUGCCACCGCAGAAUCGCGAGCCCGGGACCAGACGGCCCGCGGUGACGGCCCGGGACCGGAAGCGGGUACGGAUGAGGUCAUUUCCGGCGGGUGACGGUGCGGACGGGUCAGAGGCGUAGAGGCGGCGGCAAAAUGGCGGCGCCUGAGGAGCGGGACUUAACCCAGGAGCAGACGGAAAAGCUGCUGCAGUUCCAGGAUUUGACUGGUAUCGAGUCUAUGGAUCAAUGUCGUCAUACCCUGGAACAACACAACUGGAACAUAGAGGCGGCUGUACAGGACAGACUGAAUGAGCAAGAAGGUGUACCAAGUGUCUUCAACCCACCUCCGUCCCGACCCCUGCAGGUUAAUACAGCUGAUCACAGGAUCUACAGCUAUGUUGUUUCAAGACCACAACCAAGGGGAUUGCUGGGAUGGGGUUAUUACUUGAUUAUGCUUCCAUUCCGAUUUACCUAUUACACAAUACUUGAUAUAUUUAGGUUUGCGCUUCGUUUUAUACGUCCUGACCCUCGAAGUCGGGUAACUGACCCUGUUGGGGACAUCGUUUCAUUUAUGCACAUAUUUGAAGAGAAAUAUGGGAGGACACAUCCUGUCUUCUACCAGGGAACAUACAGCCAGGCACUAAAUGAUGCCAAGCGAGAACUUCGAUUUCUAUUGGUCUAUCUUCAUGGUGAUGAUCAUCAAGAUUCUGAUGAUUUUUGUCGCAAUACUCUUUGUUCACCUGAUGUCGUUUCCCUUAUAAACAAUAGGAUGCUCUUUUGGGCGUGUUCCACAAACAAACCUGAGGGAUACAGGGUGUCCCAAGCUUUGCGAGAGAAUACAUAUCCAUUCCUAGCUAUGAUCAUGUUGAAAGAUCGGAGAAUGACUGUGGUUGGUCGGUUAGAAGGUCUCAUUCAACCUGAUGAUCUCAUUAACCAACUGACAUUCAUCAUGGAUGCAAACCAGACAUACCUGGUUUCUGAACGCUUGGAGAGGGAAGAGAGAAACCAGACCCAGGUGCUCAGGCAGCAACAAGAUGAAGCCUACUUGGCCUCCCUCCGAGCUGAUCAGGAGAAAGAACGGAAAAAGCAAGAGGAGCGUGAGCGGAAGCGACAAAAGGAGGAAGAGGUACAGCAACAGAAAAUGGCAGAAGAGAGACGUCGACGGAACCUGCAGGAGGAGAAGGAGCGGAAGUCAGAAUGCCUGCCGCCUGAGCCACCCCCUGAUGAUCCUGAAAGUGUGAAGAUCAUUUUCAAGUUACCCAAUGAUUCCAGAGUAGAGAGACGAUUCCAUUUUACACAGUCUCUAACAGUAAUCCAUGACUUCUUGUUCUCCUUGAAAGAAAGCCCAGAGAAGUUUCAGAUUGAAGCCAACUUCCCCCGACGGGUGCUGCCCUGCCUUCCCUCAGAGGAGUGGCCCAAUCCCCCCACACUGCAGGAGGCUGGACUCAGCCACACGGAAGUGCUUUUUGUUCAGGACCUCACAGACGAUUGACGCUUUUGCCCUCAGCCCCGCUCCCUCUAUCCCCAAAAGAAAACAAAAUGAAAAAAAAAAAGAGAAAUUCAUAUUAUUAUUAUAAUACAAUAUUUUUUUUAAAAGACUGCUGCAUCCUAAGAGGGCAGGGGUGGGGGGACUGGGGAUCAGAAACCAUGCUGCCUGUAUCAACCACAACCUGUGUGGUUCAUGAGAGAGGGAACCAGCAAGUGCGUCUGUUCUACAAUCCCACUGCUUCCCUCCUGCCUGUGUACCAAGCCCCUGCUUUCCAUUCACAGGGAGGGAUACAAGAGAGAAUACCUCUUCUGAUCAACCCAUAACCCUUUUGGUGGGAUGGGACACUCCCUCACCUGUUCUCAUUCUUUAUAGCUUUUAUAGAAAAAUAAUAAAACCACCAACAACCAACUAUAUCCCAAUGUCUACUGAAGAAUUUGCUCCUCUUGCCUCUAUGGAGAGGAGCUUGAAAGAAGAGAAGGGACAGACUGAGGUGUUUCUUCAAUUUCCCACUAUAUACAAAUCUUUUUUUUUUUAUGUUGCUUUAUAAUGACCAAAGGAAUGGGGCUGACAUUUUUUCCCUUGAUUGUAUUUGCUAAAGAGCCAAUCUUUACCAGAUACGUUUUUGCCCUGGGUUUCUUAGCCUACAUAGUAUAAUAAAGGCUUUGUGGGUUGGUUUGUGUUGAUACCCACUCUUGUCCUCCAUGGCUCUCCAGAGAAGCUAUUGUAGUCAACAUUCUUGUACUUAGAGCCCACUCCCAUGCAUACACUGUUGAGUGUGAAUGAAUCAGUGGGUGAACUCUGUAGCCCACUCAGGGUCUAUGUAAUACCACACACAAUAUGACUACACGCAAGUGUAGCUUUUGUAGAGGUCUCAGUCAGAUUGUUAGUUUGGAGUCUGAACCAAAGGAUGUUAGCUUUCCUUUCCUGUUGUCAUACAGGAAUCCUCACUCCUAUUUUCUCCUACCCCGUUCUCUACUCCACUCUUUUCUCCCCAGAGAUUUCCGGUUACAGGGUUGAGCCUACAGAGAAACAGGAGUUACCCUGUUUGUGUGUAUGUGUGUUGCAGUGUAACUUUAUUUUUAUUUUUAAGUACAAAAGAAAUAAAGGCCUUGAAGGGAACCUGGGCAGGAAUUAUAUGCCUAAAGUGGGAGGCAUGUGUGUUUCUCCUGUAGAUGCUUGCUUGAGGCAAGAAAUUUCAUUUUUGUCCCCGAAUGUGGUGUUGAAGUCAUAGGGCCCUUGAACCAGAGAUUAAAAGGCUGUGUAUUACAUACCUGAAGCUCUAGCCCGGGUUGAAUUAACAAUAGUGAGAAUCUAAUUUAGGGCACUAAGAGCAGUGUGAGCUGAUGAGUAACCCCAGAAUGUUCUGUAGUGAAAGUAAUGGCUAUUGGGAGUAGAGAUGCAACCUACUGAGACUGCAGGCCCCAAUGUACUAUGGGGCCAAGUUAUUCGGAUCAAGAUGGGACUUAAUUUGUUGGACCUACAGACUGCAGAGGCUGCAUCUCUUAUUUAACUUUAAUUUAAGGCAGCUAUUUUAUGCUCCAUAUUAUCAGUGUUCAGUUCAUCCCUCUCAUCAGGGAUGUCAUCAGUGGGGGCAGAGUGUGGGACCACUGAAGAGUCACCAGAAGUUCUGUGAAUAUCUCAUUGGCUUUGGCAUAUGCAAUCAUAUCUGAUACAUCAACUCUGUAGAGUUAAAAUUUUUCCCUGGGCUUAUAUUACUUUCCAUCCUAAUUUCCAUCUAUUUCAAGACUGGAUUAAAAAACAAACAAACCACAAACAUGUAUCUUAAAAGCUUUCUUCACAGUGACUUUAGAAACAAAAGUUAAGUUCAUUCAACCCUAUAUGAAGUCUGUUGGUGUCAGACUAGAUGGGAGAUAAUUUUCAAUUUAAUUCUGAGCCAACCUCCCUGCUUGGAGUAUACAGGUAUACUCUUAGCAGGACAUGGAAGGUUAGUAAAUACCUUAAUAAAUUCUGAUGUUUUUCAGAGUAUAGUGUUAUGCAGAGAUGGAGCCCAUUCAAUCUCAUUUUUUUCAGUCAUUUUUUUUCCAGUUCUUUAUUAAACCUCUGACUUGAUUUAGACUACUCCCCUCCUGUCUCUCUUACUUUUUGAUAACUGUGUGAUUGGGUGAAUGGGAUUGGGUUGGAGACCAAGAUAUUUAGAGUCACUGCUUUUGAAAACAUCUUGCCUAUUUUGCUUUUGGCUUAAGGACACUACCUGAACCCCAUUCUCCUUCCUUUUCAAACAGCUUCUUAAUUGAGGUCAACUCUUGUACUGUCUCUAGGUACAGUCUUCUUCCCUUGAGUUUUGCACUUGAUGCCAGUACUAUAUUACUGAAGUAGAACUCAGGGUAUGGGGGUGGUGGUGAAAUGCUCAGUGAAACCAACAAGAAAAUGCUGAACAGUGUCCACAUAAUCUCUGGGAUCUUUGAGCAGUUGUUUACACAAGAGUCACACUCAGCAGCUGAGGCGGGGAGAAUGAAGUUCAAUUGAGGUCUAAAGUACUCCCAAUUCUGAGGUUGCCAAUUCAGAUGAACCACCUUUGGAACAUGACCAAGCAAAGAUACCUGAAUUGGAGUCUGUUGGAUUUGUGUAACCUAACAUUCAGCCCUCCAAGCCUUUCCUUCCAUGUCUGCAGAAUAUCUGCAGCAGAUUUUUCAUUCUCUCCCCUUGUUUGAACCUGGUCAGAAUGACGGAUGACAGCGGAGAAUCUUAAAAAAAAAAAACCCACACCCAACAAAUGCAAGAACCCGUAAAACGAACUUGGACUCUUCAACUGAGCAGUCAUCAUGAAAAUUGCAAAUGGUGCCAAGGCCUAAGAAAAAGCUGCAGAAAGUGACCAAGCAGGGAUUGAAACCCCUAAAUGCAGAAUUAAUGGAAUAGAGUGAUGCCAUCUUGUGCUCAAACAAGGGGCCCCACUUUACACUUUUUUUUUAUUAUUAUUAUUAAAGACUUGUAAGGAAUGCAGCAAUGGGAAACCUAUCCUGGAAAGGAUGUAAUGACCCUACCUAUACUGCACCUGAAUAGUUACGUGGUCAUUUACUGAAUAAAUCUAGUGUACUUAAAAUUUUUUUCAUAAAGUUUACAUUGUAUUGUAGGUUAACAUUAAAUGUUUUAUAACAAA